AUGAAAUUAUUAUUAUUAAAUAUCUUAUUAUUAUGUUGUCUUGCAGAUAAACUUAAUGAAUUUUCAGCAGAUAUUGACUAUUAUGACCUUGGUAUUAUGUCUCGUGGAAAGAAUGCAGGUUCAUGGUAUCAUUCUUACACUCACCAAUAUGAUGUUUUCUAUUAUUUAGCUAUGCAACCAUGGAGACAUUUUGUAUGGACUACAUGCGAUAAAAAUGAUAAUACAGAAUGUUAUAAAUAUACUAUCAAUGAAGAUCAUAAUGUAAAGGUUGAAGAUAUUAAUAAAACAAAUAUUAAACAAGAUUUUUGUCAAAAAGAAUAUGCAUAUCCAAUUGAAAAAUAUGAAGUUGAUUGGGACAAUGUUCCAGUUGAUGAACAACGAAUUGAAAGUGUAGAUAUUAAUGGAAAAACUUGUUUUAAAUAUGCAGCUAAAAGACCAUUGGCUUAUGUUUAUUUAAAUACAAAAAUGACAUAUGCAACAAAAACUGAAGCAUAUGAUGUUUGUAGAAUGGAUUUCAUUGGAGGAAGAUCAAUUACAUUCAGAUCAUUUAACAACGAGAAUAAAGCAUUUAUUGAUCAAUAUAAUACAAACACUACAUCAAAAUGUCUUCUUAAAGUAUAUGAUAAUAAUGUUAAUACACAUCUUGCAAUUAUCUUUGGUAUUACUGAUUCUACAGUCAUUAAAUCACUUCAAGAGAAUUUAUCUCUUUUAAAUAAAUUAACAACAGUCAAAGGAGUAACACUCUACUAUCUUAAAGAUGAUACUUAUUUUACAGUUAAUAUUACUUUAGAUCAAUUAAAAUAUGAAACACUUGUCCAAUACACAGCAGGAACAGGACAAGUUGAUCCACUUAUUAAUAUUGCUAAGAAUGACUUAACUGCUAAAGUUGCAGAUAAAAGUAAAGAUAAAAAUGCAAAUGAUAAAAUCAAAAGAGGAACUAUGAUUGUGUUAAUGGAUACUGCACUUGGAUCAGAAUUUAAUGCAGAAACAGAAUUUGAUAGAAAGAAUAUUUCAGUUCAUACUGUUGUUCUUAAUAGAAAUAAAGACCCAAAGAUUACACGUAGUGCAUUGAGACUUGUUUCACUUGGACCACAUUAUCAUGAAUUUACAGGUAAUGAUGAAGUUAAUGCAACAAUCACUGCACUUUUCAAAGGAAUUAGAGCCAAUUUAACAGAAAGAUGUGAUAGAGAUAAAUGUUCAGGAUUUUGUGAUGCAAUGAAUAGAUGCACAUGUCCAAUGUGUUGUGAGAAUGAUUGUUUCUAUACAUCCUGUGAUGUAGAAACAGGAUCAUGUAUUCCAUGGCCUAAAGCUAAACCAAAAGCAAAGAAGGAAUGUCCAGCAACAUGUGUAGGCUCAUAUGAAUGUAGAGAUCUUGAAGGUUGUGUUGUUAAACAAUAUAAUACAUCUUGUGAACCAAAAGUGAAAUGCAUGGUACCAUAUUGUGAUAAUGAUAAGAAUCUAACUGAAGUAUGUAAACAAAAAGCUAAUUGUGAAGCAGAUCAAAAACCAAGUUCUGAUGGAUAUUGUUGGAGUUAUACAUGUGACCAGACUACUGGUUUUUGUAAGAAAGAUAAACGUGGUGAAAAUAUGUGUACAGGAAAGACAAAUAACUGUCAAGAAUAUGUUUGUGAUGCAGAACAAAGAUGUAGUGUUAGAGAUAAAGUAUGUGUAAAAACAUCACCAUAUAUUGAAAUGUCAUGUUAUGUAGCUAAGUGUAAUCUCAAUACAGGUAUGUGUGAGAACAGAUUAUCAUGUGAUACAUACUCAUCAUGUGGUGGAGAUUCUACAGGAUCAGUAUGUAAAUGUGAUUCUACAACUAAUAACCAAUGUCAAUGUACUCAAGUACAAAACGGUAAUUAUUGUGACUCUAAUAAACAUCAAAUUUGUGAUUAUACAGGAACAACACCAAAGUGUAAAGUGUCUAAUUGUACAGAAGAUCUUGUUAGAGAUGGAUGUCUUAUUAAGAGAUGUAAUGAAACAAGUAAAACAACAUAUUGGGAGAAUGUUGAUUGUUCUAAAACUGAAGUUAAAUUCGCUCAAGAUGGUAAAUCUGAAAAUAUGUGUAAACAAUAUUAUUCAACUACAUGUUUGAAUGGACAAUGUGUUGUUCAAGCAGUUGGUGAUGUUUCUAAUGUAGGAUGUGGAUAUUGCUCAAUGGGAACAGAUAAUGUUAUUACAUAUCAUGAUGAUUGUAAUUCACGUAAAUCACAAUGUGGAAACUUUAAUGGUAAAUGUAUUAAAGGCAAUGACAAUUCUUAUUCUUGUGUAUUUGAAAAAGAUGUUUCUUCUACAUCAGAUAAUGAUAUUUGUGCAAAAUGUUCUAGUUUAACAUGUCCAGCUGAUACUACAUACAGAACAUAUACAUAUGACUCAAAAACAGGAACAUGUAAAGCAACUGUUCAACCAACACCAGCAUGUUCAGUAUGUGAAAGUGGUAAAUUUGUAGAAAAAUGCAAAGAUCAAAAAUUAGAACGUAAAGUCACUUUAGAAAAUGGAAAAGAAUAUAAAUACACCAUUCCAAAAGAUUGUGUCAAUGAACAAUGCAUUCCAAGAACCUAUGUUGAUUGUUUAGGUAAUGAUGAUAACUUUAAAUCUAUUUAUAACUUCUAUUUACCAUGUCAAGCAUAUGUUACAGCUACCUAUCAUUUCCAAGGCAGACAAAGAAGCAUAUUUACAUACGAAAUAACAACAAGAGAAUGUAAAACAUGUUCAUUAAUUGAAACUAGAGAAAAAGUCCAAGAAGUUGAUUUGUGUGCAGAAGAGACUAAGAAUGGAGGAGUUCCAUUCAAAUGUAAGAAUAACAAUUGCAUUAUUGAUCCUAACUUUGAUUGUCAACCUAUUGAAUGUAAGAUUCAAGAGAUUGUUAUUACAGAAAAAGAUGGAAUAAAAACAACAACAUGUAAAAAUACUACAAAAACAACAUGUGACACUAACAAUAAGAGAAUAGAAGAUGCACGUAAAGCAUUCAUUGAAGGAAAAGAAGGAAUUGAGCAAGUAGAAUGUGCAAGUACUGUUUGUCAAAAUGAUAAUAGUUGUCCAAUUAUUACUGAUGUAGAAAAAUGUAAUCAAAACACAGAAGUAGAUUAUGGAUGUAAAGCAAUGACAGGAGAAUGUGAUGGUACUACAUAUCUUUGUAAAUUUGUACAACUUACCGAUGAUCCAUCAUUAGAUAGUGAACAUUUUAGAACUAAAUCAGGAGUUGAACUUAACAAUGCAUGUUUGAAAUAUAAAUGUGUUGAGAGUAAAGGAAGUGAUGGAAAAAUCACACAUAAAUGGGAAAUUGAUACAGAACGAUCAAAUGCUAAUCCAAAACCAAGAAAUCCAUGCGAAACCGCAACAUGUAAUCAAACAACUGGAGAAACUAUUUACACAAAGAAAACAUGUACUGUUUCAGAAGAAUUCCCAACAAUCACACCAAAUCAAGGAAGAUGUUUCUAUUGUCAAUGUUCAUAUCUUGACGGUUCAUCAGUUCUUACUAUGUAUGGAGAAACAGAUAAAGAAUAUUAUGAUCUUGAUGCAUGUGGUAAUUGUCGUGUUUGGAAUCAGACAGAUAGAACACAACAACUUAAUAAUCACACCGAGUGUAUUCUCGCAGGAGAAAUUAAUAAUGUUGGAGCUAUUGCAGCGGCAACUACUGUGGCUGCUGUUAUAGUUGCAGUUGUAGUUGCAUUAAUUGUUGUUUCUAUUGGAUUAUUUAAGACUUAUCAACUUGUUUCAUCAGCUAUGAAGAAUGCCAUUACAAUAAUUAAUGAAAAUGCAGAAUAUGUUGGAGCAGAUAAUGAAGCAACUAAUGCAGCAACAUUCAAUGGAUAAGAACAAUAAUUAAGAGAAUUGAAU